CUACCUUCCGAAGAAGAAAUUAAGGUUUCUGUUCAUUUUAAUGAUUCCAAAUUCACAGAGUUUCUUCCUCGAAAUGCAUGCCUGUCGGAAAUUCGCAGGAUAUUAAGAGAAAAAUUUGACCAAUACAAAUUUGGCCCGGACUUGUGCAACAAUUGUUUCUUCGAUGAUCCCGAAUACGGAAUUGUGAGAGAUGAAGAUAUAUUUAAAUUAGACGAUAUUAUUUAUGACAACUCCAUAAAUAUUGUUAGAAUAAAUAAACCAGAUUGGUCGGAAUUAAUUAAAUGUUGUGAAUACGGGUUUCGAAUAACUAAUGAGGAUUCUGAUAUACUGAUAGGAAGAGAUAAAGCUUUAAAUAUUAAAAAUUAUAUUACAAGAAAGGGCCAUCUGCAGGAAUGGAGUAUUCCUUGUAUAAGUCAUUUAGAUCACUUACGUGCACGUAACAUGGUAUCAAAUACGAAAACAUAUAAUGACGUGAUUCUGCCAUGGUUAUCUAUCUAUCUUGAUUUAACGAAGAAGGAUUUGGAAGAAUUACUUGAAACUUC